AUGGUUGGCGCGAAUCUGAAAGCGGAGACGAUGGCUCUAAUGGACAAGAGAGCGGCAAUGGAGACAGAGAUGAACUCUAUCGUCGAACGUCUCUGCAAUCCCGGCGGUCCUGGUCUCUCCGGCACUCUCGUCGACCCGGAGGGAUUCCCUCGGGCAGAUAUUGACAUUCCGCUGGUGAGAGCUGAGCGCCGUCGUCUUGCUGUUUCUGCACACACAGAGUUACGGAAUGAGCACAGCGAGAUAACGGACAAGAUAAAUGUGAACAUUCAAAUUCUUCAUUCAGCGAGGCCUACAUCUAGAGCUUCAUCCACGAAAGAUUCAGGUCCAGCAGAAACAAGCUUGUCAGGUGGAGUGACUUCCUUAUCGGCAUCCAUGCAGACAGGCGGCGAUAGUGUUACUACUCGUGCCAUGGAUGUGGAUGUGGUUACCAGUAUUCCCUUUGCCAUGGUUGAUGAGAUAACAGAGUCAUCUCCAGCGGCAGAGGAUGGAUUACAGCUUGGAGAUCAGGUUGUGAAAUUUGGCAGCGUGGAGGGUGGUGACAAUCUGUUGCAAAGGCUUGCCGCUGAAGCUCAGUCUAACCAGGGACAAGCAGUUUCUGUUGAAGUUAUAAGGCAAGGUGCAAAAUUCGACUUGUCCGUCACACCGAGGAUAUGGCAAGGCAGAGGCCUAUUGGGGUACGUGCCAUUUCCGUUUGGUAUGAACCAUGGAUUAUCAUUUGGAAGCCUUGGAUAUGGUGAAAGCUGUUGUCCUGCAGAGUUGGUGGGUGAUGAU